GUUGGAGUGCAACUUCGUAGUUCGUACACGUAAAAAUUCACGAAUGAAAUUUAAUACUAUUUCGAUAUAAAUUUGAAACAAAUACAACAUCACAAAUUUCUUAAAUCAUUAUAAACUGCAGUGACUUUAUUUAAUAUAAGUAUAUCAAUAAUUAUUAGUUACCCUAUAGCGUCAUUGAGUGUUGGACGUUGAUAUUCGACUAUUGAUUGACUGUGAGUAUUGGCCAAUACUUGAGUUUGUCAACUCACUGACUAGAAUACCUAAGUCUAAUUUUUAAAAAAUACAAACUGAUUGAACUGAUUGACUCAAAAUUAAAUCAUGUCAUCUCAAGUUGAAAAAACAAAAAAACCAUUUGAUAAGAAAAAAUGGAGAACAAAAAAAUACAGCAAUAAACAAAAGUUUCAAGACUGGGAUGAACGUCGCAAAAAGGCUGUAAUUCGUGAUUACUACAAAGAUUUAAGCAAAUCUGGUAAUGAGAGACCUUUAGAUCCAUUGAAUGGUAAAGAUGCCAGUCUUACUAAGCAGCAAAAGAGGCUAAAUCCACAUAAAGAAGCACAAGAACGUUACAAUCAAAUACAAGAAGAAAAGAAAGCAAGGCGCCUUGAAGCAUUGAAAAAGAAAGAAGAAAUUCGACAAGCACUAGAUGAAUAUAAACAAAAAAAGAAAUUUAAAAAUAAAAAACUUGGAAAAAAAACAAAAAAAGGUCAACCAGUUAUGAAAGAAAGAUUAGAACUAUUAUUAGAAAAAAUACAAGCUAGUGUUAAUACAUAAUUAUUGUUUUUAUUUUUAUUGAUAAUUUUAUAUAAAAAAUACUAUGAUAUUGUGAAAUACUGUAUUUUGUCAACUUUGAAAUUGUAUAAAACAAAUAAACUUUUGACAUUUAUGAUUUUUUUACAAUUUUAAAAAUUAAUUAUUUCUAUUAAAAAUAAAGUACAAAAUCAUAAAUGAUUUUUUACAAUACAAGUUUAUCCAUCAGAUUUUAAGAUAAAAUUAUUCUUAAUCUAUAUCAAACGUAUUCUUCUUAUUUUGUUAAAUGUUCAUAAACAUUUGAUUAAUUUUUAAUUUAACAUUAUAUUAAAAUACAAAUACAAACAAUAUUUAGAAUUAAAUCCUUUAAAACUUGCUCAAAAUCAAUAUUGUAAAAACUGGAAGCCCUUAUACCAGUUUAAUAUUUUCAAGAUAAAGUGUAUCAUAAUCAAAAAUCAUUUUCUUAUUAAAAUGUAAAAUGUAGUUAAAAUAUUUAUUAACUAUUUACAAAUACAUAUUUUAUUUUAUAAUUU